CGGUUUCAUCGAAUGCCUCCGACAAAUCUUGUCAAAUGCGUUUGCUUCCAAACGAUUUCCGUUUCUCCUUUCUCGUUUCUUUCUUUCGUUGACAGCCGAAGAAGAAGGAACUAAACAAUGGCGGACGCAGCUCCAGCCGGUGGACGUGGUGGAUUCCGAGGAGGUUUUGGAGGUGGUGGCCGUGGAGGCGGUAGAGGUGGUCCCAGAGGCCGAGGUAGAGGUCGUGGCAGAGGACGUGGUCGUGGAAAGGAAGAUCAAAAAGAAUGGGUACCAGUAACCAAGCUAGGACGUUUAGUCAAGGAUGGAAAGAUCCGUUCUCUUGAAGAAAUCUACCUGUUCUCUUUGCCAAUCAAAGAAUUCGAAAUCAUCGAUCAUUUCAUUGGAUCAGACUUGAAUGAUGAGGUAUUGAAAAUCAUGCCUGUCCAGAAGCAAACUCGUGCUGGUCAACGUACACGUUUCAAGGCGUUUGUUGCCAUUGGAGAUAGCAAAGGACACAUUGGAUUAGGUGUAAAAUGCAGCAAGGAAGUAGCAACUGCCAUCAGAGGUGCUAUUAUUUUAGCCAAACUGUCUGUCGUUCCAGUACGAAGAGGAUACUGGGGUAACAAGAUUGGUCAACCCCACACUGUACCUUGCAAGGUUACUGGAAAAUGUGGUUCUGUUACUGUGCGUUUGAUCCCAGCUCCCCGUGGUACCGGAAUCGUUUCUGCCCCUGUUCCUAAGAAACUUCUGCAGAUGGCUGGUAUUGAAGAUUGCUACACAUCCGCUAGAGGUUCCACUGGUACUUUAGGUAACUUUGCCAAAGCUACAUACGCAGCCAUCGCAAAGACCUAUGCUUACUUGACACCUGAUUUGUGGAAGGAUAUGGCUUUGGCUAAGACACCAUACCAAGAGUUUGCUGACUACUUGGCUAAGAAUCACCGUCCUGUCACUGGCCCAGCUCGUGCGGAAACUGCUUAAGUUCACGUGUUUUGUGAUCUUUUGUAUGUAAAAUAAAUAAUAACAGCUUUAAA